UCUCGCGCCCCGCCCCUCCCUGUAGGACUGCUCUCCAGCGCGGGCGCUUCGGCUUCUGGGAUCGAAUCUGCGGAAGGAAAAGCCCAGAGGCGGGGCGGAGACUGUCGCGCUAGAGUGACGUGUACCGUCGGCGCGGGAGGGUGACGUGACGGGGGCCCGUUGUCUGUGUGCUAGGCUGAGGGGCUGAGGGGUCCCGGGGGUGGCAGGGGCUCCCGGCGGGGGGCGGCGGUGGGUCGGGAGGGCCUGGACAUGGCGCUGAGGGGCCGCCCCGCGGGAAGAUGAAUAAGGGCUGGCUGGAGCUGGAGAGCGACCCUGGCCUCUUUACCCUCCUGGUGGAAGAUUUCGGUGUCAAAGGGGUGCAGGUGGAGGAGAUCUAUGACCUUCAGAGCAAAUGUCAAGGCCCUGUGUAUGGAUUCAUCUUCCUGUUCAAAUGGAUCGAAGAACGCCGGUCCCGUCGCAAGGUCUCUACCUUGGUGGAUGAUACAUCUGUGAUUGAUGAUGAUAUUGUGAAUAACAUGUUCUUUGCCCAUCAGUUAAUACCAAACUCUUGUGCCACUCAUGCCCUGCUGAGCGUGCUUCUGAACUGCAGCAGUGUGGACCUGGGACCUACUCUGAGUCGCAUGAAGGACUUCACCAAAGGUUUCAGCCCUGAGAGCAAAGGAUAUGCUAUUGGCAAUGCCCCGGAGUUGGCAAAGGCACAUAAUAGCCAUGCUAGACCUGAGCCACGCCACCUCCCUGAGAAGCAGAACGGCCUCAGUGCAGUGCGGACCAUGGAGGCGUUCCACUUUGUCAGCUAUGUGCCUAUCACUGGCCGGCUUUUUGAACUGGAUGGACUGAAGGUCUACCCCAUUGACCAUGGACCCUGGGGGGAGGAUGAGGAGUGGACAGACAAGGCCCGGCGGGUCAUCAUGGAGCGUAUUGGCCUUGCCACUGCAGGGGAGCCCUACCAUGACAUCCGCUUCAACCUGAUGGCAGUGGUACCUGACCGCAGGAUCAAGUAUGAAGCCAGGCUGCACGUGCUGAAAGUGAACCGUCAGACAGUACUGGAGGCCCUGCAGCAGCUGAUUAGGGUAACACAGCCAGAACUAAUUCAGACACACAAGUCUCAAGAGCCACAGCUGCCUGAAGAAUCUAAACCAGCCAGUGGCAAGUCACCCUUGGCACUGGAGGCAAACAGGGCCCCAGCGGCUUCUGAGGGCACCCACACAGAUGGUGUGGAGGAGGUAACUGGUUCAUGUUCACAAGCUCAGACCCACAGCCCUCCCAGCAAACCCAAGCUGGUGGUGAAGCCUCCAGGGAGCAGCCUCAACGGGGUCCCCCCUAAUCCUACUCCCAUUGUUCAGCGGCUGCCAGCCUUUCUGGACAAUCACAAUUACGCCAAGUCCCCCAUGCAGGAGGAGGAAGACCUGGCAGCAGGUGUGGGUCGCAGCCGAGUUCCAGUUCGUCCACCCCAGCCGUACUCAGAAGAUGAGGAUGAUUACGAGGACGAUGAGGAUGAUGACAUGCAGAACACCAACUCAGCCAUCAGGUACAAGCGCAAGGGGCCUGGGAAGCCGGGGCCAUUGAGUGGCUCUGGAGAAGGGCAACUGUCGGUGCUGCAACCCAAUACCAUCAAUGUCUUGGCUGAGAAGCUCAAGGAAUCCCAGAAAGACCUAUCAAUCCCUCUCUCCAUCAAGACAAGCAGCGGGGCUGGGAGUCCAGCUGUGGCAGUGCCCACGCACUCGCAGCCCUCCCCGACCCCCAGCAAUGAGAGCACAGAUACGGCCUCCGAGAUCGGCAGUGCUUUUAACUCGCCAUUGCGCUCACCCAUCCGUUCUGCCAACCCAACACGGCCCUCCAGUCCUGUCACCUCCCACAUCUCCAAGGUACUUUUUGGAGAGGAUGAUAGCCUGCUGCGUGUUGACUGCAUACGCUACAAUCGCGCUGUACGUGACCUGGGUCCUGUCAUCAGCACAGGCCUGCUGCACCUGGCUGAGGAUGGUGUGCUAAGUCCCCUGGCACUGACAGAGGGUGGGAAGGGUUCCUCACCCUCCAUCAGACCGGGCACCCAGGGGUCUGGCAGCCCAGAGGAGAAGGAGGUGGUAGAAGCUGUGGACGGCAGAGAGAAGACUGGGCUGGUCAGGUCUGGUGAGCCCUUAAGUGGGGAGAAGUAUUCGCCCAAGGAGCUGCUGGCACUGCUGAAGUGUGUGGAGGCUGAGAUUGCAAACUAUGAGGCCUGUCUGAAAGAAGAGGUAGAGAAGAGAAAGAAGUUCAAGAUUGACGACCAGAGGAGGACCCAUAACUAUGACGAGUUCAUUUGCACCUUCAUCUCCAUGCUGGCUCAGGAAGGCAUGCUGGCCAACCUGGUGGAGCAGAACAUCUCAGUGCGGCGGCGCCAAGGGGUCAGUAUUGGCCGACUCCACAAGCAGCGGAAGCCUGACCGGCGGAAACGCUCACGCCCCUACAAGGCCAAGCGCCAGUGAGGACUACUGGCCCUGAGACUGCAGCCUGCUCUUGCCGCAUGGCCCUCACCAGGGCCUCUUCCCUGCCCUGUUUCCCCUUUUCCCAGUAUUACUGAAUAGUUCCAGCCGAUGAGCCCGAACCCUGGGAAGGUGUCCCAGGGCCUGGCGGGGCUGGUCAGCCCCACAGUGCUCAGGAAGCAGCAGCUGGACCUGGGGCACACGAGGUGCUGCAGCUCUCUCCACAGCCGGCUGUGGAGUGGCAGGACCUGACCUUUCUGCCUGGGCAGCAGAAUAUAUAUUUUACCUACAGAGACAUCUAUUUUUCUGGGCUCUACCCCAUCUUGCCACCACUGUGUUGACAUAGCUGGCUUCCUGACUCUGCAUUAUCUCCUAACAGUCGUCAUUCUGGUGGGCCCAGGUCCCUGCAUCAUGCCAGGGUCACAACUGCAGGGCCACAACGGAAGGGUCUGAGUGGGCGUUGGACCUCGCUGCGCUAGCCCCAGCUGCCAGUCAUCCCUGUUGUGAGGAAGCCAGGUCCACUCUGUUCCUGGGAGAGCUCCAAACCCAGGGACCUGACUGCGGGGCUAGCGCGGGAGUGGAGUCCCCAGCAUGGGUGAGAUGAAGAGCCUGCUAGGGUCCCAUGGCCUGAGCAGAGGGAAGUGUUUGAGCUAUUUGGUGACCUGUAAACCCCUGGCUCCAGCGGGCUUGUCAAGACUGCUCUCUGUGGCCCUUUGAUGACAGUGUUGUGGCCCGGGCACUGGGCCUGCCUUGGGCUCCUGAGCUCUGUCCCUGGAGCUGAGACUCAGAGGAGCUUCUGCCCAACCCCUCAGUAUUACUGUAUCUCCCUCUACUUGGGGAUAGCAGAGACAGGGCUGUUUGCAGGAAGCUGGUACCACAGCUUUCCCUGCAAUGCCAGCUUCCUCAGCCUUUGCAAGGCACUCAGGGUGGCACAGCAGGACCAAGACAACCAGUUGGAGUCCCUAUGUCCCUAGAGAGGGAUGCCAUUCCCGGGGGAGGGGGGGGGAAUAGGCCCAGCACUGCCUCUGGAGCUUGGGCCCCAACCAUAGCCCCAUGACCUCUGCCAGAUGGCUUUGAAGGUGAUCCAAGCAGGCCCCUUAAUCUGUACAUAGUGAUGGGGGGAGGGGUGGGCUGCAAGUGGCAGGUAUGGCAGAUGUACCUGUACUGAGCACAGCCUGACCCCUUUGGCCUCUGUAAAUAUUGGAUCAAUGAAUGAAUAAAAUUCUCCUAAAAAAUGAA